AUGGCAACCUCCGUUCUUCAAAUGGCUGGACUGGUGCUUGGCGGUGUUGGCAUGGUGGGCACAGUAGCGGUGACCAUCAUGCCUCAGUGGAGAGUGUCUGCCUUCAUUGAAAGUAACAUCGUGGUGUUUGAGAACCUGUGGGAAGGCCUGUGGAUGAACUGCAUGAGACAUGCCAACAUUAGAAUGCAGUGCAAAGUCUACGACUCCCUGCUUGCUCUCACUCCGGACCUCCAGGCAUCCAGAGGACUGAUGUGUGCUGCCUCUGUCCUGUCCUUCCUGGCUUUCAUGACCGCCAUCCUGGGAAUGAAGUGCACCAGGUGCACGGGGGACGAAGAGAAUGUGAAGAGCCGCAUCCUGCUGACUGCCGGAAUCGUCUUCAUCGUCACUGGCUUGGUGGUGCUAAUCCCUGUCAGCUGGGUUGCCAAUUCCAUCAUCAGAGACUUCUACAACCCGCUGGUGGAUGUGGCCCAAAAACGUGAGCUUGGGGAGGCCCUCUACAUCGGCUGGACGACAGCACUGGUACUGAUUGCCGGAGGAAUGCUUUUCUCUUGCGUGUUUUGCUGCACCGAGAAGAGGAACAGUUACAGAUACUCAGUACCAUCCCAUCGCACCACCCAAAGGAGUUUCCACGCGGAAAAGACAUCCCCGAGCAUAUACUCCAAAAGUCAGUAUGUGUAG